AUGAUCCAGCUACAGUCAGUCGUGGUUCUGAUGCUCACCAGUAUCCACACGGCAGUCUGCGAGGACGUUUCCAUCAUCGGAGGUCGUGAGGUUACCAAACCAAUACCGUGGAUCGUUUCCCUCCAAGUUUCCGACCAGCACAGGUGUGGAGGAACGCUGGUCCAUAAGCAGUGGGUUCUGACGGCGGCACACUGCAAAAAAGAUGAGGACAAGUCCAUGACGGUGCUGUUGGGCGCUCACUCACUGACGAAGGAUAAAAACACCCAGCGUAUCUCAGUUCUGAGUUUUCACAAACCCAAAACCUUGAAUUCCAAGAGUAAACAGAAUGACAUCAUGCUGCUGAAGCUCCAAACAGCAGCCCAGCUGAAAUCAAAGAAGGUGAAAGUGAUGUCGAUUCCCAGUUCGGUUCCAGACGUCCGGGCUGGAACUAAAUGUGUGGUGAGGGGGUGGGGAGUGACCAAGGUGGACCACAACCCCGUCAAGACACCCAGCGACGCCCUGCGAGAGGUGGAGGUGACAGUGGAGAACAGAGAGCUCUGUAACUGCUACUAUAACCGUAACCCUGUGAUCACUGAGGACAUGCUGUGUGCAGGAAACAAGCAGGAAAACAAAGAUGCAUGCACGGGGGAUUCUGGUGGUCCACUGGAGUGCAAGAACAAACUGGUGGGACUGGUGUCGGGAGGAAUUGGAUGUGGCAACCCAAAAAAACCCGGUGUUUACACUUUCCUCUCCAAGAAACAUCUCUUCUGGAUCAAAACUGUAAUGAAGAAACACCUGAACAGCACAGAGGUUUAGAAAAGUGUAAUAUAACCUCA